GGACAGCGGGAGGAAGAGAACAAGUGUAGCGCCGACUAGAAGAGGAUCAUGAUGAGCUUGAAAGGGCUCCCCGACCUUCUCCGGAUAGGUAGGAGAUGCUUCCUUCAGAUUCCAUUUGGUUCAUCUCGGCUUUUGUGGUGUCAUAAGUCAACAUCUGUCAUCCAACAGGACUCUGCAUUGGCAGCUGAACAUUUUAAGGAAGCAAAACAUGUAAUAGAUGACUUGUAUUCUUCUGAGCAGAGAUCUGCUGUUUUGCAGCUACUCAAUUCAGGAUCUGAAGAAGAACUUUCUGCUGUGAAACUACUGCGAGGAAGAAAGUCUAUUAAUGUAAUAGAGUACAGGAACAGGCAUGGGCCAUUUCAGGAUUUACAGAGUUUACUAGAAGUGCCUCUUUUUCAAUAUAAAACAGCAGUUAAAGUGUGCAACUUUAUUCUCAACCCCCUUGCAAAGGAAGAAACAAAAGACAGAAAAACACAAAAUGCUAUGUUGACAAUGAAAUGUAUCAAACCUGAAAUAGAGAGAGAGAGGCUAGAGUCUGCCAAUAGCAUUGUGUCUGUUGUUUUUGGCACCCGCAAAAUUGCAUGGACUCACGUUAACAGACGCUUGGUCAUUCAAGAUUGGCAGCAACAGGAAUGCACAAUGUUUAUGAAAGGAGCUUAUAUGCCAGCAAUGUAUCUUAAAGAGAUUUCUUCCAUAGUAUCCAGGAUUCCUGAAGCAGAUUUUUACGUUUUGGAAAAAUGUGGGCUUUCUGCACAGAAUGCAGGUUUGUUUCCAGUGGUGUUACAUCUUCGUACAGUGGAAGCUAUGCUCUAUGCAUUGUUACAUAAAACAUUUGCGCAGGAUGACCAACACAAAGUACUAAGCAUGACUCGAAGCGCUGUAGGAAAAUAUUUUGGUCUGAUGAUUGGGGAAGCACGAAGUAGUGGAAUAGAUCUUGUAAAACAGUUUCUCUUAGAAUCUAUUACCCAAGCCAAGCCCCGUGUGAGCUUUCCAAAAGACCAAGUGGUUAACUAUAAAAAUGUAUUGUCAUCAAACAAACAGCGAGAAGAAGAGCUGUGUGAUUCAUUGCUACAGGCAGUAGCUUUUUCUGAGCUAAUAUUGAACAGUACUACUAAUUCUUAUUGGACUUAGUUAAACUCACAUCAGUGAAUGGUUUUUGGAACCUAUAAUACAUUUCCAACUAAGAUAUAAAUUGUAGGAGGUUGCAAGAGUUUUUUUGGCUGUCUUCUGCUCAAAAAGAACACAGCCUUGGCAAUGGUGGAAUUACAGUUGUACUGCCAGGAAAAUGUUAAACAAUUGUUCUUACAGUAAGAGUUGUGAUGAAUUACAUCAAGUGCAAAAUAAACCUAUUACCACAAUUAUGCUACUCAAUAUCUCUGUGAAAAUAAUAGGAGAAAGCUUUUCCGGUGUUCGCUCCUGAAUGGUCUAAUGAUUUCAAUAUAAUUUAAUAUAAAUUCAUUACUACUAAAAUACAAAACAAAAAAUGUGUAGAUAUGUUUCCUGUGUCCAUGGUGUCAGAAUUUUCUUUCUGUCAUAUCCAUUGGUGUUUUUCUGCUGAUGCAACUGCUUCUGUCAGCAGAACCAGGAGUGGGUAGAUCCUCUCCUCACCCCCAAGAUCUGCUCCAGAGGGCUGGGAAAUCCUGCAGAGUAGAUUUUUGGGUAGUACAGGACAGACAGUGGCGGACAGUGUUAAAUGUUCAGGUUAAUUGCUAUGCCUGUAUACACAUUGCUGCUUCAAAAAAGAAGCUUUCACAGUCCUUUAUGUUGCUUCCAAGAAUUAUACAAAUGGCUGUUUUUCCAACUGGACAACAUGUGUGCAGUAGUCUUCAGCAACUGUCAAAUGUAUUAGUAAUCUUAAUUUCCUCCCUGGGAAGUAAAAUUGUUUUUAUUAUUAGGGGAUAAGGGCCCAGGAAGACAGUAAAAAGUUUCACAUUUAGAUUGAUGAUUUCCUAACACAACAGUUGCACACAACCAUAAAUAUGUAUCUUCCUAUCUAAAAGUCACACUGCAAGAAGUUGCAGAGCUGUGUACAGAUAAUUAUUUCAUUGCAGGUACAAAAACAAGCUCAGCCAAAAGAAACUCAGUGAGUAGUAGUAAAAUAUAACAUACAGUAUAAAAAUAAGAUGUACAGGAUUACAGAUAAAUACUUCUACACAACCCAAAAGAUCUGUUGAUAUAUAGGCAUACAAAACUGGCUAUUUAAAAAAUGACUGUGAUCAAAGGUCUUUCUAUUUUGAAGACAAACCCAUUGGUCUCUGUGCAUACAUCCACAUACCCCAAAAGCAGUUUAACCAUAUCAUUUGGCUAAUGCCUUGAUAGGAAGUACCAUAUUUAGGGGGAAAUUAGAAAAGUGCCUUUUAAAAACACUCUCCUUUAUUGAAUAUAUGGAUUUGUUGUAGGCAAUGAAUAAAAAUGUUUUAAAGCAGAGAACCCACACUGUAAAAGGUCGAAGACAAUCCAGUAGUUGUAGAAACAGGCUUGUUGUGGUUCAAAGAUCAGGUGUAUUUGAACUCAUCUGGUGCAGAUUUCAACACCAAGCAAGUCCACAUUUGGCAUGUGGAAAGCACCUUGACAGUAGAUAUAUACAGUUUGCAUUUUUAAAUACUUGAAAGAUCCAAAAUAUAAACAGCACUUUGAAUAUACAUUAAUGAUUUUAUAUGUACAAAGUCACUAUUGGCAGCCAUUUCAAGGAAAGUCACUUGCCAGACUGUUCAAAAUUUCUCUGGGAAGGUGAAUGCCUUCAAGAUAGUGGAGAAAUCUGUUUGAAAAUUAAAAAAAAGAAAAGAAAUUUAGCAGUUUAGAAUAUGCAGUACUAGCAAAUGGACAUGGCUUUGCAUGGGGCAGGAUUGCCUUUAGGUUGAUACAGAGAAGCCUUCAAGCAAACUACCACAACUAUCACAGCUGGACACAUUGAACCCAUCCUGCCGGAGUGAAGGCAUGCCUGCUGGCACCUGCCACGAUCCACCUCCAAGGCCUAUAACUCGCCCUACUAACCUUCCAUGCCUUCAAACUGUGCUUGCUCUCUUUUUCAUACUUUAACACGCUUUUUAAAUAAUUGAGGUGUUUUAAUGUGCAAAAAGCAUUCAAUGUUUUGUGGUAAAAAUCUGCUUGAUGCACUGCUGAAUCAUGAUGCGAAGUUUGGUUGAAAUUGAUCAAAUGGUAUUACAGCAGUAUAUAUCUUUAAAAAAAUUGAUUUACUGCCUUUGUGGUUCACGAUGGUGAUCAAAAUUUUCACUAUGCCUAAAACUAUUCCAGAUAGAGGCAGAACAAAUCCUGAGUUAAAUAACAAUCGGAUGUACCGUUUUCAGGUCCGCUGAGGACAUGCAAACAAACACUUCCUUUUAUUUAUAUAGAAGAUGAUGGAAGUGAUAUCUACUUGCCUGUCUUCAACCAGGAUAUUCAAUGCAUUUUGUCUUACAUAUAUUUCACUCUGACACACGUGAAGAUUGCAAUCCUUACACAUGUACCUGGGAAUAAGUCCCACUGAACUCAAUGGAAUUUACUUCUGAGAAGAUAUGAAUAGGAUUGCACUGUUUAUGAUGUUGAUGAAAGGUUACCUUCUUUUUGUUUUCCCUUGUUCUUUCCGUUUCUCUGACUUACAGAUGUUGCGGAGAAUAGGCAGGUAUUCCAUUAUGCAGGCUUGUCUGUUACUAAGAUUUAAAGGAGUUCUAUUGGAAAAUACACUUUUGAUUAUUUCCAACCUCUUCUGUGCAUUAAGCUGAAUGCUGUUAAAGAAAAAUACAUAUUAAUUCCUAUCCCAGUUAAGUUUAAUAAGAAAUAUAACUGAAGAUUACAUUUCAUUACAUGUGUCCAAACAACAUACAACAAACGUUAAGCUGUGCUGAAGUAGCAUAUAUUUAAUUCCUGGAGUUUUAGAAGCUAAUUAUAAAAGUUAUGCCUUUACAGAACUCAGAAUUUGAUCUUAUGCAAACAUUUCAUUAAAAAACAAAUAUUCUUCAAUUUUAUUAUGGGUUGGAUGCAGACAUGCCCUUAUGUGAAAAGAAGUGCUCUUUCUGUUCCAACAGAAGGGUCUCUGAUCCAGCAGAAAGUCCUGCUGGAAGAAGAUAUUCACCCAUUUCCCUGCACCCCCUUGCAUCAAUUCCCAGUGUUCUAGAGGGUCUCAGAACACCCUCUAGAACAGUGGGAGUAUAUUUUAAAGGGGGCACAGGGGGAAUUGGAGAAAAUCCCCUUCCCUCUCUGGCAGGAGCAUUACAUGAGCAGGGUUCCGCCUAUAGGAACUCUGGGUCCAACCCAGUUGUUUUUCAAUGAGAGUCUACCCCAAUCACAUAUAAAGUAAGAGGGGAGGUUAAGUCUGAUUUUAAGUGAAAGGGGGCACAAGGGUGAGUGGUGCUAAACCCUCACUUCACCCAUAUCUUAUUGUCCCACAGCCUCUCCCUUCAAGGCACUUUUCUCUCAGCUAGGCUCUUGAUGAGCCCAGUUAGCAGAAAAGUAUUGGGAAGAGCAGCAGAUAGUGGGGAGGUGUAAGAUACUAACAAAGCGAUUCAGUGUUUUUUGCUAUUAAAAUUGCUCCCUUCCUGCAAUUUCACAAAUGAUUGUGUCAGACCCACAUUUGAAAGACAGGCCUGCCACUGUCAUGUCUAUGGCUAUAACAAACAAAUUAUAAAAACCAGACCAGGCAACAUUAGGAACCCAAUUAAUGUUAAUGAGAAUAUCCAAUGAUAAAUGCUUUUGAUAAACUUUGCAGGUAGCCAAUAACCAUUCUUUAUUGUCUUCAUUUAAUAUACUUCAAACAUAUUUUAACCUUACCUGGAAUUAGCUGCUGACCGGCCAAAGUAUAAAUUGGCUUGGUCUUUUGAAACAUGGAGUGUAAGUUCUUCAGAUUCAUCCUUCCCAAAUGUUCUAUCAGAGUUCAAGUAACUUUCCAUAAUUUUUGAAAUAUUCUUAAAGCAUUUGUUGAAAUUUAGUGCCUCUACGGUUGCUUUCAGUUCACAAGAACUUUGGUAAUUCCACCAGUCAUUAUGCUCGACACCAAACUCGUCAGAUAGACCAUUUUUUAUCUUCCCUUUUGUCCAAAAGAAUUCCUCACGUUUACAAGGUUGCUUUGACUCCUGAGUCUUCCUGUUCAAGCAAUAGUCUAAGAGAGACAUAUUGUCCACAAAUUCAGUUAAUGAAUUUAGACAUUGGAAUGCAGCAGAGCCUUUUGCUUUUGCAGAUGUUCCACAGGUCAAUGCCAUGGUGCUACCACUCACAGGCUCCACUCCAUCCUUUUCUUCUUGCAAGCAUAAGUUAGGUAUGUCAGAUGGCACAGUAAUGAACCCAGAGUAGUUUAAUUCACUCUCAAAUAAAUCACUAUCAUCCAAUAAAGCCAAUUUUCUCUGGUGCUUUGACUGCUUAGUCUUUUUCACAGGGGUACCUUCCUCAGAGGAAUCACAGUUGAUGAAUUUAUUAUUUGAAGAGUUUUUUGUAAUAUUGUUUUGUGUGAGAUUAUCCAUUUGAUUUGGUUCUGGAAGUAUAUUAAUUGGUAAAGGUAAAAUGAUUUCAAGGUUGCUAUAAAUAAAGUCAAUAUUCUUCAUCUGGAA